AUGAUUUUAAACCUGGCUCUCCCUAUUCUUUCUGCCCUGCCUCCUGACCACCACAUGGGCACCAGGGAUCUCUCGAGCAACUACCUCGCCGGCCCCAUCCCCACACUGCCCAUCAUCAGCACCUGGCGUCUCUCCAUCAACUUCCUCUCCGGGCUUGUGCCGGUCGGGACAUGCCACGCUUUCAGUUUUGAUGGCAACUGCUUCACACUGCCUUCUGGUUGUGCAGAGGUUGUGCAGUGGCAGGAAGCAUCAUGCAAUACAUUCUGUGGCGUCUCUUACUCUGCAGAAGCCGCUGCUUCUCCUUGUGAUGGAAGAGGGGUGUGCGUUCCAGACGAGGUUACCCUGGCCCCAACCUGUCUGCAGUAUCAACAGUACCUCAGGCUCAACCAACAGUACCUCAGGUUCUACCAACAGUACCUCAAGCUCAACCAACAGUACCUCAGGUUCCACCAACAGUACCUCAGCUUGUCUAUUAUCCCGCCAACAACUUUGCUCACCAAGGAGACGCAGAAAGAGACGGGGGGGAAAUUCACCGCGGAUCCAGUGCCUCUGUUUGUGUACGGGGCAGGGCAGGCGGUGUCGGGGUGUGGAGUGCAGCUCGCCUUCCAGGCCAACUUCACCUUCUCCCUCGCCCCUCAAUCCGGCCGUGCUGGCAACAACGGCUUCGCCUUUGUCGUCUCGGCAACGGACCGGGUGGGGAAGGGAUCUGGUGUGGGGUAUGGUGGCAUGGACACCCGCAGCAUGGCGGUUGAGUUUGACACGCUGCAGGACAAGCUGCAUGGCGACAUGAGCAGCCCGCACGUGGGGCUGAACAUUCAAGGCCAGGACCAGUCAAAAGCCGCUGCGAAGUCGCCGUUUGUUCCGACCAGCAGAAAGGCGUACACGGUGUGGGUGGAUUACGAGCCUGGGGAGCUCGACACCAUCCAGGUGUUCCUAGCUGCCACGGAGGUGAAGCCAGCUCAGCUGCUGCUGGAGAGGAGGCUGGCGCUGUGUGAGGUGCUGCAGGUUGGGGCAGAGCAGCGGGCGUUCUUCUUUGGCUUUGUGGCAUCCACCACUGUGAAGCCGUUCCAGAUGCAUCUCAUCCUCAAGUCGGCAGUUCACACUGGUGCGAGUUGGGCGUAUGCGGUGGUGGCGAGUGUGGAGGCAGCGUACGGCAUUGCUCUGAACAGUGAGGCGCCAUGGCUGUCAGUGGACUCACUCUUUGCAGCCAUGGAGCUCACCUCCCUCACUGCCAAGUGCAUGGCAGGCGGCUCUUCUACCGCGGCCUUUCACAGGCUUAUCACUCUGCCCAGUGGUGGACUCACAACAGACAGCAAGCCGACCUUCAAGCACCAGGAUCCUGCCUGCUACACUGGCAACCUGGACCAUGCUGUACUUGUUGUUGGGUACCUCCUUUUCACAAAUAAUGACCGCCAAAGCCAAACUGCUCCACCGUUCUGGAUCAUCCGCAACUCGUGGGGAGUGGAGUGGGGAGACAGAGGCCACAUGCGCAUGGACAUUCAGGGAGGGGUUGGCGUGUGUGGCAUCAACAUGCUGCCUGGCAUUUACCCCAUUGUCAAGAUUCCCAAGGAUCCGUGCGGCCAAAAGAGCUACAAGGGCAAUGGGGAUCUGCAGCCCAGCAUGAACCCCACAGCCUCCAUGUUGAUAAUCACUGGCGCUAACUGGUGGUGCUCCGAUGUCUUCCCUGUGGCCGGCAUCUCCUUGGCUGGCUUCUCAUCGCAGAACAUGAGUUUGCCGCAGGGCAAGGUGAUCAAGCUGGGAGGCACUCCCACCACCCCCUGCACUGCAUUCUUCUAUGCCCUCAAAGUGAGCCUGGCCAAGAAGAUUAAUUUCUUUUGGGGAUCCUCCACCCCUCUCCCCUCAUCGCCCUUGUCAUCCCCCCUUCAACUCACUCACUCCCCCAUUUCUCCCUCCUCCCCAAACUUUCCCCCAUCUUUUGAUAUUGGCAACACCUGCUCCUCUAUCAGCGUCCAGCUGGGACUCGCAUCGACUUACCUUGCCUCUCUCAAUCCCGGCCUGGACUGCUUUGAGCCCAUCAAGGCGGGCCGCUCUCUUUGCAUUGAGCCCAACGCCACCUUCGCCUUCACUGUCCCUUGGUGCUUGCAGUACGGCAUGCUCUCCUCUCAGGACACGUGCGAGAGCCUGCAGCAGCAGAGCAUGAAUUCAAGUAGGGAGGGGUCGACAGGGGCCGAAGUGGUGGCUGCAACCAGCUGGACUGAGCUCUACCGUUCAAAUCCUGGCAUCAUCGGUCCCCGCACUAUCCCUGCCUCUAGUGCCACCAUUGCUAGUGGGGCCAGCACAAAGGUGAGGGGCGGAGGAUAA